AUGGCAGACACAGAACAAGAUGGCUCCCUCGAGCACCAAUCCAGAUCCGUGAUAUACUGCGGCGUCUGCUCAUUACCACCUGAGUACUGCGAAUUCGGCGGCACGGUCAAGAAAUGCCAGGAAUGGCUGGAGAAGAACCACGAGAACAUGUACGAUCGGCUGUACUCUGACGACGCCCUCGCCGCAGCGACCUCCUCCCUUUCCGUCGACGCCCAGAAGCGCGCCGAGAAGGACGCCCACAAGAAAGCUUUGAAAGCCGAAGCGGCAGAGGCCAAACAAGCCGCUACGAUUAAGAGCUCGAAGGUCAUCAUCAAGAGAGUGGAGAGGAAUAAGCGCAAAUUUGUAACGGCGGUCACAGGCCUUGAAGCCUUCAACCUCGACAACAAGAAGGUCGCCAAGGACUUUGGGAAGAAAUUCGCGUGCGGUUCUUCCGUGGCCAAGAUCCCGAGCGGAGGCGAGGAGAUUGUAGUGCAGGGCGAUGUGAGCGAGGAGAUUGAGGAGUUCCUGCUGGAGAAGUACCCUGUUAUCCCGGAGGACAAUAUCGAGCUGGUGGAGGAUAAGAAGAAGAAGGCCGCGCCGCCUAUUGUCUGA